UCGUUUCUUGAGUCCAAUAUCACCCCAAGCACCCAGUAGGGUUUAAUGCUUUUUUACACAGAUACUUUAGGGCUUUGUACAAAUUAGUUAGCCUUAGUACUUCAAUCAAGCUCUACUAACUUCAAUCCACACUCUAUUUCCGCUCCUGAUAACAGAGAAUGGGGAAGAAGAAAUUCAUCGACAAGAAAAAAGCCGCAACUUUCCAGUUAUUUGCACGCGACUCCUCCGAUCCCAAUGUCGACGGCACUGACCAAGUUUUCGUGCGAGUCGACAACAAUCCCUACUCAAUAGACAACUUCUUGGCCGAAAACAAAUGCUCCAGCAACAGCCGCUUCGAUGACGAUCCUAAUUCAAUUUUCGUCGGGGCCUUUGCCAGAGGAUGUCAAGAGAGAGAUUUUGGAAUUAGGGUUUCCUGAUGAUGGUUAUAAUUAUUUACUUCACUUAAGAGAUAUUAAAAGUAACGUUAACGGCUCAGGUUUUUAUCAAAAUCAUAAAGCCAAGCUUCAUCAGCUUCCUCAUGAUAUCAAGGCUUAUGAUGCAUCGAGAAUUGAAAAGUGAGGAUAGGAAUGAUAAGUCAAUUUAUAAUGUGGCGUCGAAGAGUGUUGGUGUUAGAGUUCAGAAAGUGGUUGAUCCUGAAGUAGCGGCAUUGCUGGAUGAUAGUGAUUUGUCGCGGUUUGGUUCUGAUGCUGAGGACUUGGAGGAGGAUUUUGUUGUUCGUGCGAAUAUACCUGAGGGAGGGGAGGAUUUGGGUGCUGAUGUUGAGGGAUCGGAGGUUGUUAAUGAAGUUACCUGUGGAUAUGUUAGGUAUGGUGGCGAUCGAGAAAAUGUGUUGGGAUGCGGAGGGGUAGAGAAAGCAAUGAAUGUUCUUGUGGAGGCAAGAGGUUAUCUUGGAGAUAAGAAACAGCGGGUUCGUCGUCCUUUGGAUGAGCAGUUUGAUUCGGGAAACAUUUUUAACAAGAAAAGGUGCCGCAUACUCUGUUCAUCCUUGUUUCCUAUGGAGCUUGAAGCUAUUGCAGUUUCUUUUCGUAUGUAUCCGAGUAACAAGUUGGCUAUGAUGAGCUACAAAGCCAUGGCUAGUUGGCUACCAUUUUGUUGGAAAACAUGGUGUCAAUCAAUGUUAUAGAUCAUGGACUAUAUAUUUGGGUUGUAAUCUGUAAUCUAAGCUGAGCAGCAAUGGGAAUCCGUGGAUGACUUGUGCCGGACCUGUAGUGAGAGUUAAAAGGAGGAGAGGUAGAGAGGCAGGAGCUAGUGGACAGCCAGAAAACCAGAUGAGAUGACCCUUUUUAGCUAAUCUGAUACUAUUAUUGUUAUAAAAUAUAGCUUGUAUAUUAGAUAGAUAAAGAGAAAUUUAUUUUAUGGCAA